AUGUGGACCAGGAGGCAGGACUACACUGACAACCCGAACAGGGUCGACGCCGAGCAUCGCACUCUGGAGAGCUUCAACGAGCGCAAGGAGUGGGACCCGACGAGCGCGCCUAAGGCGGCGUCGGGCGACAACCUCGACUACGAGUGGGACCGUAAGACGAGAGGCAGAAACGACCCCGCCAUGUACGACAGCCGGGCUCAGCGUCGAGGCGUCGACGACUACGAUGAAGAUGAAGACGUCAACGAAGAGGAUGAUGAGAGGCUUGAUGAAGAUGAAGAUGAGUACGGCGCCUAUGACGAAGAAGGCGCUGGGUACAGGAACUGGAGGGCCGACAUCAAGGCGAGCCCUGGCGUGGGGGAGCUGGGCGAGGAGAAGCAGCCCAGGAGCGUUGGUGACACCACCUUCACCGACAUGAGCUGGCGCGACGAGGAGCGGGCCCUCGGCUCGCGGCGCAACGAGCGCACCGACAAGCUCUACGAGCCCCCCGCCGAGAAGAAGAAGACGAUGAAGAAGAUGAAGAUGAAGAAAAUGAAGGCUCCGCCGCUCAAGGAGAACGAGGAGCAGAAGGUCGAGGCCGAGCGCGAGUGGAAGAAGCAGGGCAGGCCGGAGAACGUGCACGUCGUGUGCGUCGACGAGACCAAGGACUCGCAGCGCGCGUUCAAGUUCGCGCUACGCAACCUGCCCCCGGAUCACAGGCUGGUGCUCACCCACGGGCUCUACGAGGGGCUCCUCGGCCACAACCGCGCCGACGAGGCCCGCCUGCGCCGCAGGAACUGCACGUUCAAGCAUAUCCACUUCACCUCGACGGGCAACUUUGGCGAAGAGGUGUGCGACCUGGCCGAGAGGGCGCACGCCCAGAGCGUGCUGGUGGGCAAGAGGACCCACGUCUCGGGCGUGAGGAGGGCGCUGGCCGGCUCCUCCUCCAGGAGCGUGCUCGAGGCCUGUCGCGUUCCCGUCAGCAUCGUCUUCAAGGGCGAGAAGGGGCUCGCCACCACCGGCAACUGGUAG